UCGCUAACACCUGUAUUUUAUAGAUCUGAUUCAGUUGAAAGCGCUCAAAGAGAAAUAGAACUUUGGUUCCCUAAUGGUGUUGUUUCAUGGGAACGUCACAAUGUUCAUAAAUUAAUCUACGAAUAA